AUGCAACAGCAACUCCCGCGUGAAUCCUGGGUGAGGUUCUGCAGAAACCCGUGUCUGCAUGAUAAGACGCCGGGACAGCUGCGGCUCAGAGUGGUGUGCUCGCUGCACUUUCGUGAAUCGGCAUUCCUGCGGCCCGGUUUUCUUUGUCAAGACGCAGUACCUACGGUAUUUCCUGUCAUCGCAGGCGCCGGAGCUAACCAUGACAACACGUGUGGUGACCGUGGCCAGCAUCGUGUCCAGGCUUCAAAGACUGAAGAGUCGGGUUCGCCAGGCCACGUGAACUCGUACCUCCCAGAAAACGCCUUGUCCACGGGCUGCCAAGCGAAUGAGACGGCCGCGCGGAAAGUAUCCAGUUUAGCAGAAACUGCAGGGUGGUGCGCAACGGAGGGUCAUUGCGACCACACCUACGCCCGUCCAUCACAUGGAUGCGUAGCACCUUCCCAAGAAGUCCCAGAACACCGGGACAACGUUCUCGUGGAAAACACCGUUCCUGCACAAGAGGACAGAGUGAACGCGGCUCCACAGGUUCCGUCGGUUCUCGAGCCGACAUUCAUCCGACUUCCUGAAGGCAGCGCCUCCGAGACGGAAUUAUCGGGAGCAGAAGAACACCGGGACAACGUGCUGGUGGACAACGCAGUUCCUGUACAAGAAGCCAGAGCUAACGAGGCUCGACAGGCCGCAUUACCACAGGCUCCGUCGGCUGCACAGACUCCAACAAUCAACUCUGUCACUGGCGUAGCUGCUGAAGUUUUAAGCCAAGUGCCCUGCACGAGUCACCGCGACGUGCGGAGGAAAACCAAGGAGCUGAAGGCGAAGCUGCGGAAACAGCGGGACUUAAACCGGAGGCUGCAAGCAAGGUUGCAGAGGCAGCGUCAAGCCCUAACCCUUGGGGAAGUCGUCCGAAGCGUCCGCUCACACGUGUCUCCAGCUGUUGCAGCACUCGUGGAGGCUCAGCUGAGGAUGAACAACGUCAGCCGCUUUGGUCGCCGCUGGUCGAGCCAAAACAAAUCAUUUGCCCUUGGACUCUACUUCCAUAGCCCAAAGGGCUAUAGGUACUGUAGGCGACUCCUAAGGCUGCCGUCAGUGCGAUCUCUGCAGUUGUGGCUUAAGCGAGUCCCGUUAAGGGUUGGGUUCUUCCCGCAAAUCUUCGACCUUAUAAAGAGACGAGCGGCUACCUUUUCCAUGAGUGACAGAGCCUGUUGCAUUGUUUUCGAUGAAAUGCACAUCAAGAGAGAGCUUUCGUACAACCCAUCCCAUGACAGAUUCGAAGGCCUGGAAGAAUAUGAUGGUGUUCAAGGAAAUAACCUUUGCAACAAGGCUCUUGUCUUUAUGGCUAAAGGUAUCCGAACGGCGUGGAAACAACCCCUUGGCUAUUUUUUCGCGCAUCGGGGGGCACCUGCGAGUGCUUUGAAGGACCUGCUUUUUCAAUGCUACAAGUCCCUUUGUGACGCUGGCUUGCAACCAGUGGCUGUGGUCUGUGACCAGGGAAGCCAGAACGUGUCCCUUUUUGCAAGCCUUGUGACUACCGAACAGCCCUAUGCAGACAUCGACGGGCGGAGGCUCUUUUUCAUUUUCGAUGCUCCUCACUUGCUUAAGUGCUUGCGAAACAUGCUCUUUAAGUAUGAUUUCAAAAUAGGGAAUCAUCUUGUGAAGAGCCACUACAUAAGAGAUACUUACGAAAAGGACCGCGCGCGGGAAAUUCGUUCCAUCCCAAGACUGAGCGACAAGCACUUCAAUCUAACAUUUGCAUCAAAGAUGUCUGUAAAGUUGGCCGCACAGGUUUUUAGCAACCACUGUGCAGCUGCGAUGUACAUAUUGAUGACUUUUCAGCAGCUACCCGCCGAAGCAAUCCAUACUGCACGGUUUGUCGAAAGGGUAGACCGCUUGUUUGACUGCCUCAACAGUUCUCAAAAAGUGGCAAAAACACCUUACGCAUCUGCGAUGUGCAAUGGCUCUGUCCAUAGAGAGUUUCUGGAGGAAUGCAUUGCGCUGUUUGAGAACAUGCAAGUAGUUGGGUGCCCGAGGCAACCGCCCUGUGUGCGCGGGUUUUGUUUGACAAUGCGGUCUAUCCUAAUGCUAUGCGACCAUCUCAGCGUUCAUUAUGGAUUUGCAUAUCUGCUGACAAGGAGGCUUAAUCAAGACGCGCUGGAAAACACCUUCUCGGUUGUACGUUCCAAAUCAGGAGCUAACGCCAACACCACAGCUCGUCAGUUUCAGGCCGCUUUCAGACAUCUGUUGGUCAGUAACUGGUUCAAGCUGUCUGAGAGCUCUAAUUGCGCCGAGGACAUGACAUCGAUCUUGGCGACCCUCCCCACAGACCUUUCGGCGCCGUCUCCGGCUCUUGGUACCGAAAACAUAGUCUCGCUUGGGAUCGCAGAUGACCCUUGCGCUGAAGAACUCUCGGACAUUGAGCAAAAUAACCUAGUUUAUUUUGCGGGUUGGCUUGCGGCAAAAUUUUUGAGGUCGCAUUCGUGUGUCGGAAAGGCCCAAAAUUGUGUUCUCAGGGUCGAAGGUGCGGAGUUAACUGAGGGUAACCAAAUUCCUUUGAGUGCAAACGGUGCUGCAGAAACGGACUUUGGAGGUCUCUCAGUGCCUUCCUCUCCUUUUGUGUCCUUUGUUGAGGGCUGUGAAAAUGUCUUCGAAAACACCAUUGGGAGCCUUUUCUCUACGAACAGAGUAGGACAUACGCUGUGUAUGCAUCUUCGCGAGAAGGUCGAAAGGACGCUCACCGUUUGUGAUGAGGAAGUUUAUGACCACUUGUUUCAUCUCUUCGCUCGAGUCAGGCUGCAUUGGUUUGCAAGAAAAAGAAAUGCUGAGCUUCAAUGUGCACAAGUUAAGCAUAAAGCUAUGCAGCAAGCGCGAAGACUCAGCAACUGAAUUUAUUUUCUCAAUGCAUUUUCCAAGCGUGCCAGCCGCCGAGCACCGUAACCCUGCACCACUGAGAGGUGGGUGUCGUGACAUGUAGUUGGUGCCUCAGGGGGUGGCGGUGGUUGAGUCCGAGGCCGCCACAGGUGUACGGUCGACAGCAGAGUGGAGCGCCCAGUAAAAUUAAUUAUAAUUGUUGGAGUUUAA